AAUGUUUUACAUGUUUGUUUUGUUCUAUUUGUGCUGGUGGAGUCUGAUCGGUGUGUUUGGCGAGUCAGUGUCAGUGAUCGAAUGCGAUUCUGUUACUUUACACACUGAUCUUACUGAAAUACAUGAAGAUGAUGACAUAUUGUGGAAAUUUGGAGCUGAAACAUCCCUCAUAGCUGAAAUCAGUAGAUCUGCUGGAAUAUUCUCCACAUAUAGCGGUGCUGAUGGAAGAUUCAGAGACAAACUGAAGCUGGACAGUCAAACUGGAUCUCUGACCAUCACAAACAUCACAUCUCAACAUGCUGGACAUUAUGAAGUACAGAAAAGUGGAGUCAAGUGGUCAUCAAAAACAUUCAGUGUUUCUGUCUAUGCUCGUCUGCCUAUUCCUAACAUUACCAGAGACUGUUCUUCAUCAUCAUCAUCAUCACAGCAGAAUUGUUCAUUGUUGUGUUCAGUGGUAAAUGUGAGUCUUGUGACUCUCUCCUGGUACAAAGGAAACAGUUUAUUGUCCAGCAUCAGUGUGUCUGAUCUCAGCAUCAGUCUCUCUCUACCUCUGGAGGUGGAAUAUCAGGAUAAAAACACCUACAGCUGUGUGAUCAACAGUCCCAUCAGCAACCAGACCACACAUCUGGACAUCAGUGAACUCUGUCACACAUGUGCAGUUUCUCCAGACUCUGUAUCUCUGAUAGUAGUGAUCUUCACUGCUGCCGCUGCUGGAUUUCUGUUGAUUGUAGUUUCAGUCGUGACAUGCUGCAUCUGCAAAAAAUGUCGAAAAAAGGUUCAGACACAGGAGGAAGACAGAGCCGAUUCAGCAUUGUGCAAACCAAAAACACAAAAAACGAAAUCAAAGACAGAAGCUGUGUAUGAAAAUAUCCCCAAAAAACGAUGAUCAAAUAUUGUUUCCACUGGAAUUGAUGCUAUACCUUAUACAAGACAGUGUCUCACAAUUUUUUGGAUUUAUUCUCUAUUAUUCUCUGCCAGGUUUUGUUUUCACUCUUUUUUUUUUUAUACCUUUUGGUGUUAUUGUGAAUUGCAUUAGCACAUCAUCCAGAAAGUCAACUAAAAUGUCUUAUUUUUAGUUUAUCAUAUGAAAAUUCACCUAACAUUUACUAUACAUUACGCAU